CACACGUGGUGUUAGUUUUACAAACUUUAAACCAUGUGAGGUAUAAAUUCUGUCAAUCACCCGAAAAAGAUCACACAAGAUGUCCUUGAUAGCCGGUCAUUUCUCAUUCAAGACAGUCUAGCUAAAAGAGGUAUUGAAAUUGGAGAAAGAAAAUUGGGAAAAUAUAGUAAAUAACAGCAGAUCGGGGAACAACGAGUUGGUUUAAGACAGAGGUCAGAUCAAGAAGGAGGGAAGGAUGAAGAACGGUUCAUAUUCUUCACUGAACGUGCCUCAAAAUGCACAGGAGAGCCAGUCGAAGUUACAAAGAAUUAAAAACGGAAUUUUGGAAUUUUGUAAACCAAUUUUGGCAGAAAAUUACAAACUGAACGAAAAUUCGGGAUGUUGGCACCAACUGAAAUACAGUUUUAUGUGUCCAAUACAUGGAAAAGUUGCAAUGUGGGUUACCAAAAUUAUAGGUGCAAUAGCUAUUUGGGGAACUUUCUGGGCUUUAACUGGUGAGCAAGCAUUACCUGGAGGAAACUUUUUCGGUUUGUUAAUACUCAUCUACGCUUGUGUUUUAGCAGCUGCUUUUGUGGAGUUAACUCCCUUUCCAUCUCUUCUAGGUAUGCUUCUUGUUGGAUUUUGCUUGAGAAAUGCUCCGGUUAUAGACGAAGCUACUAAAAUUGAUAAAGUGUGGGCGUCAACUCUCAGAACCAUUGCUUUAGUAGUAAUCCUAGUGAGGGCUGGAUCAGGGCUGGAUCCAAGAGCUUUGAAAAAAGUCAAAUGGAUGGCGCUGCGGUUGGCAUUUGUUCCGAGUAUCGCAGAAGCCGUAUCUGUAGCAGUUUUGGCUCAUUAUACUUUGGAUUUCCCUUGGAUUUGGGCAUUUAUUAUAGGUUUUACAUUGUCUGCUGUAUCACCAGCUGUUGUGGUACCAAGUAUGAUUGGAGUACAGGAAAAAGGAUAUGGUGUCGCAGAAGGCAUACCUACUUUAUGUAUAGCGGCUUGUAGUUUAAAUGAUGUGUUUGCAAUCAGUGGAUUUGGUGUAAUGUUGGGAAUCGCCUUCUCAAAUGCUGAUCUUGUGUAUAAUAUAUUCCACGGUCCACUAGAAAUAGUACUUGGAAUAUUAUUUGGUGUUGUAGUUGGUGUUAUAAAUUGGUAUAUCCCCAAUAAAAACAGUAAAAAUUUAUUAAUGUACCGAUUGAUAUUAAUUUUAUCCUUGGGGAUGUUGGCUACCUUUGGGUUUCGUGUUGUUAAAUUCCCAGGUGCUGGAGCUCUUGGGACACUAACGAUGGCUUUUGUUGCUGGAAUAGGAUGGAGGGCGCGUGGCUGGGAAGAUCAUUACCCAAUUAAACCGGCUUUAGCUAAAUGUUGGCAAGUAUUUCAACCUUUACUAUUUGGACUCAUUGGUAACGCCGUAUCUAUUGAAAAUUUACAAAGUGGAAAUGUUGCUCUUGGUAUGCUCACGUUAUUUGUUGGUCUUGUUUUUCGUCUCAUAGUAACAUUUUUCUCGGCUUAUGGAAUGAAUUUUAGUAUUAAAGAGAAGUUAUUUUUGACAGUUUCCUGGUUACCCAAAGCUACUGUUCAGGCAGCUAUUGGUCCAGUUGCCCUAGACACAGCACGAGCUAAAGGGGCUAGCGAUGAAAUUAUUGAUUUUGCAACGAAUAUUCUCACGAUUGCUGUAUUAUCAAUUCUGAUAACGGCGCCCAUUGGAGCAGCGGGCAUUGCAACUAGUGCUCCGUUAUUACUUAAAAAGAGCGGCACGGACGAAACUGAAUUAAGCGAAGAUAUUCCUGAUCCACUGGAGGAAAAGGAGAAAAAAUAUGAACUAAGCAAUUCCCUUAUAACCUCAAAGACAGACCCCGAUUCCAAUUGUUGAUAUAAACUGGUUGUCUCUGGGGAUUUUCUUUAUUCUGGCAAAAUGGCGAAUCAAACCAAAUCCGUGAACAUAAUUUAAUGCAAUUGAAUCAAAAAUACUUCGGAUUCAUUGUGUACGGGCUAAAGAAAGUGGCACCGACAUGGAUUGGUUUGUUUUUGUCGGUGUUUGCAAAAUCUAAUGAAUGGCUUUUGAUUUCAUUAUCAAAUUACUAUAUAUAAAUUUAGACUCCCUAAUUUCAUAUUGUUUAAUGCAUUAUACUUAUAUGCAUAUGUACAUACCCACAACAUGCAUCAUAAUCCUAUAAUCUA